AUGCAAAACAAUGAGGAUGGGGAUGGGAAUGGGAAUGGAGGAUUCAACUUCAGAAGUUGCGUUUUUAGGAGAAAACAAGUUGAUUCUGUACUUGUUACAAGACACAGAGGUAGCCAAGGCCAACAAUUAGCUAAGAUACUCUCUGUUGUCGACAUCAUUGCUAUUGGAGUAGGUGCAACAAUUGGAGCUGGAGUAUAUAUUCUUGUUGGAACGGUUGCUAGAGAGCAAACAGGACCAGCUCUUGCUGUUUCUUUCUUAAUUGCUGGAAUAGCAGCUGCUCUCUCAGCAUUUUGUUAUGCUGAACUUGUUUGUCGGUGCCCAUCAGCCGGGAGUGCCUAUCAUUACACAUACAUUUGCAUAGGAGAAGGUGCAGCAUGGUUGGUUGGCUGGGCAUUGAUUCUGGAAUAUACAAUUGGUGGUUCCGCUAUAGCUCGUGGCCUAACCCCAAAUCUGGCCUUACUUUUUGGAGGUGAGGAUAACCUGCCUUCUUACUUAUCCCGCCACACCAUCCUUGGCAUCGUGGUAGACCCAUGUGCAGCAGUUUUAAUUCUCAUUGUCACUGUGCUCUUGUGCAUUGGAAUCAAGGAGCCUCGAAUGUUCAUGGCAAUGGCUAGAGACGGAUUGUUGCCAUCUUUUUUUUCAGACAUAAAUGAACGCACACAAGUUCCAGUGAAGAGCACAGUAACAAUUGGCAUUCUUGCUGCAGCCUUGGCCUUUUUUAUGGAUGUUUCGCAGUUGGCAGGAAUGGUUAGCGUUGGUACACUUCUUGCAUUCACUUCUGUUGCAGUUUCGGUGCUAAUACUCAGAUAUGUUCCACCGGAUGAGGUGCCACUUCAUUCAUCAUUUCAGCAUCAUACUGGUUCACUGUCACAACAGUUCAGUAGUGAUAUUCAGGAGGUUGCAUAUCAAAACCCUAAGGGUUCUCUCAGCAACUGUGAUCGUAGUCAACAUUUACUUGACAAUGAGGGGACUUCAAUUGGAUGCACUCUUCUUCAGAAACACAUGGCUCAAGGUUUUGAUGAAUCAGAUGAACAGACUCAACAAAAAAGGCGAAAAAUUGCUGCUUGGAAUAUAGCCCUUGUAUGCAUAGGUGUUCUUGUCCUUGCAUCUGCAGCUUCUGUUGAAAAUAUUCCCAGUUUGAUUGUUCUGGCUUGCUUAGCACAGGAUAGUGCGAGGCACAGCUUUGGGCACUCAGGAGGUUUUGUUUGUCCUUUUGUUCCAUUCUUACCUGUUGCUUGCAUUCUUGUCAACGCAUACUUAUUAGUUAAUUUGGGGGCUGGCACAUGGUUCCGUGUUUCCAUAUGGCUUCUAGUAGGGGCAUUAGUUUAUUUAUUUUAUGGCCGCACCCAUAGCUCACUGAUGAAUGCAGUUUAUGUUCCUACUGCCUAUGCUGAUGAGAUCUACCGCACCUCGUCAGAUCGUCUGGUGUAG